AUGCAAGAAAAGAAAACGGAAAUGGCAAACAAGAACGCUAAGAAGGCAAAUAUCUUAGAUCACCACUCAAUCAAGCACAUUCUGGACGAAUCUGUCUCCGAGAUUGUUACGAGUCGUGGAUACGUAGAAGAUGUGAGGAUGAGCAAUAUAAGGCUGUUUUUGGGGACAAUCAUUAUAGUGAUUGCUCUCUUUGCUCAGUUUUACAAUAAGAAGUUCCCUCAGAAUCGGGACUUUUUGAUCGGAUGCAUAUAUAUAUUCUUCAAUGGAUUGUUGCAGCUGAUCAUCCACUUAAAAGAGAAGAAUGCUAUCUUAGUUACCUAUCCUCCUAAGGGAUCUUACACCAGCACUGGCUUAUUGGUCGCUUCAAAAUUGCCAAGAUUUUCUGAUGAGUACACGCUUAGCAUAGCUAGUGCAGAUCCUAAAUCAAUUUCUGCAGGGAAACCAGUUCAGUUUACCAAAAGCGUGACCCAGUGGUUCACCAACGAGGGAGUUUUGGUGGAGGGCCUAUUCUGGAAAGAUGUUGAAGCGCUAAUUAAUGAUUAUGCAGCAGAACCAAAGAAGAGCAAGUGA